UUGUCAGUUCUGUCAAAUCAUGUUCAGAGAAUUCAGGGUUAAUUUUGAACCAAUAUUAUGAGCUAGCAAAUUUUUAUCAUGUUCUCGUUUAUUUUUAUUAAGAUAAGAAUAUUUUUUUGUACAUACGUGUUUGAUUAAGUUUACUGUAAGUCGAAGGUUCAAGUGAUUUCCUAUGGUUUUUUAAAUGUUUACUUCGAUGGAAAGCGCAUGAAAGAGAAUGAUGUAAGGAAGUAAAGUUAUACGCAACAUCGAAAAACUUGUGCGAGUAAUCAGUGUAAACCACAUUGUGUUCCGGAGUGGUCAGUAGCGAUCAGUGCCUUAUUACAGCAGUAUGGCGAGCAGCGCGAGGUGACAAGUCUUCUGUCCUUUCUUCUGUAUAACAUGAGGGGAUAAUGCCAGCUUCCUUUGCACAGUUGAACGAGGACAAGGAGAGCUCGCCGUGCCUGGAGCGAGGGGAUCAGCCGACCGUGACGAUGUGGGGCGCACAGCGACGCGUGGCGCUCGACGUGCUGAUGGCCUGCUGGGGCAUCGGCACGUGGCUGGGCGUCAACGGGCUGUACGUGCAGCUGCCGCUGCUGGUGGAGCGCCUGCCCGAGGGCUGGGCGCUGCCCUCCUCCAUGGUGAUGGCGGUGCAGCUGGCCAACAGCGGCCUGCUCAUGUACGCGCUGCUGCGCCGGCUGGCGCCGCGCGUGUCCGACGCGGUGUACAUCUACGCGCUGCUGGUGAUCGGCACGCUGGCGCUCGUGCUCAACGCGUUCCUCUACGAGCAGACGGCGAUGGUGGGCGCGCAGGAGCGCUCCGUCGCCUACCUGUCGCUCACGUUCUUCGCGGCGCUCGUGGGCUGCACUAGCUCCGUGCUCUUCUACCCGUACCUGAGACAUUUUCGUGACGUGUACUUAGCGACGUACUUAGUGGGGGAGGGACUGAGUGGGUUCGUGUCGAGCCUGCUGGCGCUGGUGCAGGGCGUGGGCGGCGAGCCGCAGUGCCUGCCCUCGGCCGACAACUCCACGCUGGUGCCGCACUACCCGCCCGCGCGCUUCGACACCACGGUGUUCCUGCUCCUGCUGGGCGGGCUGUCGGCCACCAGUCUCACCAGCUUCAUCAUCAUCAACAACUACAAGGGGUUCGCGUCGGAGCGCGUGGCGCCGGCGGCGGCGCAGAAGGACGACGAGGCGACGUCGGUGCGGCCGUCGCUGAUGGCGCCGCGCUGGGUGGGCGUGAUGGCGCUGAUGGCGCUGCUGAACGCGCUCAGCAACGGCGUGAUGCCGUCUGUGCAGUCGUACUCGUGCAUGCCGUAUGGUACGCGCGCGUACCACCUGGCGGUGACGCUGGGCGCCAUGGCCAACCCCGCGGCGUGCCUGGCGGGCGUGUGGCUGCGGCCCAUGCGCGGGCGCCUGCUGGCAGCCAUGCUGGUGGCCACGGCCGUGCCCUUCGCCUACAUCCUCGCCACCGCGCUGCUCAGCCCCACGCCGCCGCUGCAGUACUCCGCCGCCGGCGAGACUCUGGUCGUGGUGGCGUGGGUGCUGGCCUCGGGCACGAUCUCGUACGCGCGCAUGUGGGUGUACGGCUGGGCGCGGGCGGGCGGCGCGCGCGGCAUGCGCCUGUGCGGCGGCGUGGGGCAGCUGGGCUCCGUGCUGGGCUCCGCCUCCACCUUCUUCAUCGUCAACUACACGCAUCUGUUCGUGCAGCCCGACGCCUGCCCCGCCAUCAACCAGCUCAGCCUCUACAAUGAGAUCUUCAACCGAUGUCUCACAUUACGUUUAAAAAGCUGUGAGCAAAAGUGUUUGCCCUUAACCGUCGCCCCUCAGCGCGAGGGUGAGAGCGUCAGUCGUGAGGGGGCGCCCGCAGAGCACUGUGAGCGCACAGCCAUGGAGCUCAUCAGCUUCAUCCUGUCCUACUUCAUCACCAAGGACUUGUCCAUGAUGACCGCUUUCAUCUGCUGGACACCGGAGCGCACAUCGGAGCUGUGUCGCAGCGCGAGUGGCGCGGGGGUGCGGCUGCAGCUGGCGACUGACUUCCAUCAGCCGCCGCCGAUGACGCCGCGCGGACGCUUCAGGGAAGCCAUGCUGCUCGACCUCACGUGUCCUCAUGCUGCACUCAUCAUGGAAGCGGCCUCUUCCUCCCGCGGCUUCAACUACCGGCACUCGUGGCUACUGCUGCACAACUCGUCGGAGCGCGGGCUCAUUGCAGACGCACUGUCGCCCUACGAGAUCCUGCCUGACGCUGACGUGGUGUGGUCUGCGCCGGACGCUCUGCUCGACAUCUACAAGAUAAAGCCGGCCACGCCCUACCUCCUGACAGACCUGGGGUUGACGCGCAACUGCUCUCGGCACCAGCUGCGCGCGCUGUGGGGAGCGCUGCCCAGCGCCGUGACGCGGAGGAGGGACCUCAAGAACGUCACGAUGAAGGGCAUCUCCGUUGUGACGGAGCCGUACAACUUCAAGGGCUGGUCGGACCUGCGCAACCGGCAGAUCGAUACCUUCCCCAAGUUCACGUACCCGCUGAUGAUGCUCGCCGCGCAGGACAUGCACUUCAGGUUUGACCUGCGGCAGAUGGACGUGUACGGCGUGUCGCACAACGGCUCGUUCGACGGGCUGGUGGGGCGGCUGCAGCGCAACGACGCCGAGGUGGGGCUGGCCUCCAUCUUCAUCCGCCCCGACCGCAUGCAGGUCGCCGACUACAUCUCCGAGACCUGCGUGCUCUUAUGCGCGUUCAUCUUCCGUCAGCCGGCGCGGUCGGCGGUGUCCAACGUGUUCCUGGCGCCGUUCAGCGCGGGCGUGUGGGCCGCCAGCGCCGGCGUGGCCGCGGCCGCCGCGCUGCUGCUGGUGGCACUGCGCGCGGUGCUGCAGCGCACGAGGCAGCGAGACGACCUCGCGCUCUUCACGCUGCCCGAGACCCUCACCUUCGCGCUCGGCACGCUCUGCCAGCAAGGGUUCCACACGACGCCGGGUGUGACGUCAGUGCGGCUGGUGAUGUUCAGCACGCUGCUGGCGUCGCUGUUCGUGUUCACGGCCUACUCCGCCAAGAUCGUGGCCAUCCUGCAGACGCCCAGCGACGCGCUGCGCACCAUCGACGACCUGACGCGCUCGCCCAUCACCAUCGGCGUCCAGGACACCACUUACAAGAAGGUCUACUUCCUUGAGAGUCCGGACGAGUCGACGCAGCAGCUGUACCGGCGCAAGAUCCUGCCGCAAGGCGAGCGCGCCUACCACAGCGUGGUGGACGGCAUCGCGCGCGUGCGCACCGGACUCUUCGCCUUCCAGGUGGAGAGCAGUUCCGGGUACGACAUCAUCAGACAGACGUUCACGGAGCGCGAGAAGUGCAGCCUGAAGGAGAUCGAGGCGUUCAAGCUGCCGCUCGUCGCCGUGCCCAUGCGCAAGAACUCCGGCUACCGGGAGCUCUUCGCUACCAGACUGCGUUGGCAGCGCGAGGUGGGUCUGAUGUCGCGCGAGCGGCGCGUGUGGCUGGUCUCGCGCCCGCGCUGCGACGCGGCCGGCGGCGGCUUCGUCAGCAUCGGCAUCGGCGACGUGCUGCCUGCACUACAGGUGUUGGGUCUGGGCGCGCUCAUCUCCCUGACCCUGCUGGCCGCCGAGCUCGCCGCGCACGCCAUACGGAACUCGCGCCGCUGGAACCACAUCUAGAAGCACUACUACAUGCCUCAGUUUUUGUUAAACUUACACCUUCACGCCACAUUUUAAUCUUUUCUCGAAUUAACAUAUGAUAGCCUGCGAAAUAAUUAGACUGUAUAUCUAGACUUCGUAGUAAAUGAGCAGAAUUACAAACAGUGGUUAUGGAAUUAAAACAAUUUGUUCAAGAAAAUGCAGCAGUUAGGUCUUAAACUUUAUUAAUAAUAAUUUGCACUGAUAUUUACAGGAAGGAUGUACUUAUUAAACCACCUAAAGCCUAUAUAAUGGGGCACAGCACCGCACUGCGCAAUCGACUCACUUUUCUAGUUUGUCCUAGAGUGUUAGAGUUAGCACUGACGUGGUCCGCCGGCUGCACAUGGGUCGUCGAGGGCCGCUAGAAGAGCUGCACGGCCAGCAGCACGAACAGCGUCAGCAGCAGCGCGGCCGACAGCGCGCGGUCCAGCAGCCGCGCCAGCGCCGCCCACGCGCCGCUCUCCGACGACCCGCACGACUCCUCACAUACCAGAACACGAGAUUAUUAUAGUAGAACACAAUAAAUAUUUGCAACCGCAA